AUGGACGCAUUCACCGCAGGCGACAUUACCCUCAAGAAUGGUGAGGUCACUCAUUACUACGAAGGAGGAUCAAAAGAUGGCACACCGCUCAUCUUCAUCCAUGGCUGGCCGGAUAUCGCGGAAACAUGGAAGCACCAGCUCUCGCACUUCGCUGCUGGAUCAAAGUACCGUGUAAUCGCGCCUGAUAUGCGCGGCUAUGGCGACUCCACUGCUCCUCGCAAGAAGGAAUCAUAUGCCCUUGAAGUCCUCAUCCCAGAGCUGGUCGAGUUCGCCGAGAGGCUUGGCAUAAAGAAAGCCGUAUGGAUCGGUCACGACUGGGGCUGCUUGAUCAACGCACUCGCCUCCCACUAUCCCGAGCUCUUCAUCGGUAUGGCGAACCUCUGUGUACCAUACCGAAGCUUAGAGCUCGGCUUAGACAACAUCAAGACUACGAUAAACCGCGACAUCUAUCCUGAAAGCGAGACCGAGUGGGGCCAGUGGGAAUACAUGAGAUACUACGAGUUGUACCCCGAAGAGAGCGUCAAGGCAUUUGACGGCCACCCAGAAGUCAUCACUAAGAUCCUAUACAUGAAGGCCGACCCUAGCAAGUGGGGUCAACCAUCAGCCACAAGUCGGGUUCUGAGGGAUGGAGGCUGGUUCGGUGGACAUCCCGAGCAGCUUCCUGAUAUUCCGCUUGAAUACACGUCGCUUGAUGAGUCGCUUUACUCGAACCUGCUCAAGAGCAAGAAGAAGCAUGGGUCUUUUGGGGCGACUGCGUACUACCUCAACCACAAAGCCAAUGCCGAAUAUGCUAAGAGCCAGAAGAAUGGUGGUGUGUUGGAGUUUCCAAUGCUGUUUAUCGAUGCGAAGUACGAUAGUGUGUGCUCGCCUAGUGUGGCCCCGAAGAUGGCAGAGGUUCAAAAGCAGUAUGUGAAGAACUUGACAUAUGAGACGAUUGAGGCGGCGCAUUGGGUGCAAUUGGAGAAGCCGAAGGAGGUCAAUGAGGCGUUGGAGAAAUGGCUGACUACUUUAUGA